AAGAACCCAGCAGCAGCGGUCUGAUCAUUUGUGGUUCAAUUCCUUUGUUUUGACUGUUCCUCUUACAGCUGUUCAUCACUGGGCAGAGUGCAGCAGGAGUGGAGGAGAAGUAGUUUCUUCUGGGUGGAUGUGAGAUUUGUUGGAGUAAAAAAAGAAGGAAUAGAAUGGAUAUGUUCCAUCCGAGUCCAAGGCUCCCACCACAUGAAGAAAUGCUUAACAAUCUCAAUCACAGCGGCGUAGGAGAGCCUUACCUGGUCUUGACUUCCGACCCCAAGCCUCGUCUCCGUUGGACUACUGAUCUCCAUGACCGAUUUGUCGAUGCCGUCACUCAACUUGGCGGCCCCAAUAAAGCUACACCAAAGGCUAUCAUGCGGACAAUGAAUGUGAAAGGAUUAACUCUUUUUCAUUUAAAGAGUCGCCUCCAGAAAUACAGGUUAGGUAAGCAAUCAGGGAAGGAUAUGAGUGAGGGACCAAAAGAUGGGAUGUCAGCUUCAUAUCUUUUAGAAAGCCCUGGAACCAAUAACUAUACCAUUAACUUGCCAACUUCUGACAUGAACGAGGGUUAUGAGGUGAGGGAGGCAUUAAGGGCACAGAUGGAAGUACAGAGUAAAUUACAUUUGCAAGUUGAGGCUGAAAAACACUUGCAGAUUCGCCAGGAUGCUGAACGAAAAUAUAUGGCCAUGCUUGAGAAAGCUUGUAAGAUGCUUGCUGAUCAUUUUAUCGGAAGUGUUGAAGUUAUCAAAACAGAUAACCUGGUCGUUGGUAAUAAGAUGCUGAGAAAUUAUUCAGUGGAUCCACUUGGAUUUUGCUCUGCCCAAUCUGCUGAGGCCGUGAAUGCAUGUGGCCAAGAAGAAGAAAUGCCAACCGGUCUGCUUUCUCAGAGGGCUGAUGGUUCUACCGAAAGCUGCCUUACUUCACAGGAGAGUCCAGGAGGAUUGACAAUGGAAGGAUCUCCUGUUGGAGGGAAGAAAAAGAUGCUUAACUUGGAGGGAACAGCAGGAUCUGUGAUUUGGAGUGAUGCCACCAGGGUUAAUCCCCAAGGGCUAACUGGAUAUGGAAUGCAGAGAUGUAAAAUGAGUGCUACUCUUUUGCUUGCCCAAGUUAUUACAUUAUCAAGUGCAAAUGUGGUGUCCUAUUGGUGUCCACUGUCCAGUAGUCGUCUCAAAAUUGUAAAUCCAAGUUGCUUAUGUUGCCUUUAGGUAUCAAACAUUUAGUCGGUCUCUUAAACAUAUUGACUUGUGUUGAUUUGAUCAGAAAUCGAUGUGAUCUCUGAACCCCAAACUCUAAAUGCAGUUGUGUAUUCUUAGUUUUCGAUCUUAACUUGUGAUGUUGCAUGCAUCGAAAGUUAUGUU